AUGACUCCUCCUCUUCCUCUGAUCUUUCUGCUCAUGAUUCACAACCCUCCAAAGAGUGUCUCAGUCUCCAUCAGUCCAUCUGGUGAAAUAUUAUCAGGAGAUUCAGUGACUCUGAUCUGCAGCAGUGAUUCAAACCCUCCUGCUCUGAACUUCAGCUGGUUUAAGGAGAAUGAAAGCUCAGCUGUUGGAUCUGGACAGAGUUUCAGUGCACUACAGAGUGGACGCUUCUACUGUCAGGCUCACAAUCAACAUGGAUCUCAGAGAUCAGACGCUGUAACUGUCACAGUUCAUCAUGGUGCUGGUAUGAAUGUGAUUGUGAUCGCAGCGACAUCUGGAGGAUUAUUCUUCAUCAUCAUCAUCAUCAUCAUCAUCAUCAUUAUAAUGUGA